UAAGCAUCCUUUCAAAUGCUUGUUCAAAAAAGAGGAUCAUCAGUACGUGGCUCUGCUUGGCCUCGGCGUCUUCAAAAACUGUACUGCUUGAGUGUUGAGCAGAGUCAGCGAACAAGGCAGAGCUACUUGGGAACAAUGCCAGAACACGGACUUUGCUGUCUUCUUCUUUCUCUUGUCAUCAUCGUCUCGUGUUCUUUACAAUCACUCGCAUCACCAACCUACAGGUUCCCGCGAUUCCUUGGGAAGUUCGCAGGUCAAACGGAAUCUCACCCUCAGAUUGAGCCUCAAUACGAAACCCAAUAUUUCGAACAGCGUCUUGAUCACUUCAGUUUCGCGGAACUCCCCAAGUUUCGUCAGCGGUAUCUUAUCAGCACUGAGCAUUGGCUUGGUCCUCAGCGCUUGGGUCCUAUUUUCUUCUACUGCGGCAAUGAAGGAGAUAUUGUCUGGUUCGCUGCCAAUUCUGGCUUUAUUUGGGAAAUCGCACCUCAGUUCGGUGCCAUGGUUGUUUUUCCGGAACAUCGAUACUAUGGCGAAUCUGUCCCCUUCGGAAGUAAAGACGAGGCUUAUAAGAAUGCUACUACACUGUCAUACCUUACCACUGAGCAAGCGCUUGCUGACUUUUCUGUUCUACUUACCGAGCUGAAGCAAAAUUUAUCUUGCAAGGAUUGUCCGGUUGUGCUGUUUGGCGGAUCAUAUGGUGGAAUGUUAGCAGCAUGGAUGAGACUCAAAUAUCCUCAUAUUGCAAUUGGAGCACUUGCAUCUUCAGCUCCAAUUCUUCAAUUUGAAGACAUUGUUCCCCCUGAAACGUUCUAUGAUAUUGUUUCCAAUGAUUUCAGGCGUGAAAGUCCUAGCUGCUUUAACUAUAUCAAGCUGUCUUGGGGUGAGCUGAAAUCUAAGGGUCAGACAAAUAAUGGCCUUGAACAACUUACCAAAACCUAUCGCUUAUGUCGGCAAUUGAAUAAAACAGAGGAUCUUUCAGACUGGUUGGAUUCUGCCUAUAGUUAUUUGGCAAUGGUGAACUAUCCAUAUCCUGCUAACUUUAUGAGGCCUUUGCCUGCACACCCCAUCAAGGAGGUUUGCAAAAGGAUUGAUGAUUGUCCUGCUGGAACUAGUAUCUUGGAUCGCAUAUAUGAAGGAGUGAACGUUUACUACAAUUAUACUGGAGAGGCUGAAUGUUUUGAACUGGAUGAUGAUCCUCAUGGCCUGAGUGGCUGGAAUUGGCAGGCUUGCACUGAGAUGGUUAUGCCAAUGUCUAGUAGCAAGGAGUCCAGCAUGUUUCCAACAUAUGACUUUAAUUAUUCUUCUUUCAAAGAGGAAUGCUUCAAGAAUUUUGGAGUGACACCGAGGCCAAAAUGGAUUACCACACAAUUUGGUGGCCAUGAUAUUCACGGUGCGUUGAAAAAAUUUGGAAGCAAUAUAAUUUUCUCAAAUGGCUUAUUGGAUCCAUGGAGUGGUGGCAGUGUUCUGCACAACAUAUCUGAAAGUAUCGUUUCUCUUGUCACUGAAGAAGGAGCACACCACAUAGAUUUACGUGCUGCUGGCCCUGAUGAUCCUGAUUGGUUGGUAGAGCAGAGGACAAUUGAGAUCAAGCUAAUUGAAGGCUGGAUUCAGGAUUACCACGAACAAAAAAAGGCUGCAUAUAGCAUGUAGAUUUAUAUUUUGGUGGCUGUCUAGUUUCAACGUUGUAUCACCGUUUUCUCCUAUGGAGGUCUUAAAAUCCACACGUGGUAGUCUAUCUAUGAAAACCUUGGACGCAUAGUUUUGUAAAUAGCUAGUGAAAUACUUUCCAUUUUAUCUCAUUCUCUGGCUCUUCCAAGCUUGUAAGUCUUUUAUUUUUUUAGUGGAAAUUUGAUUCACGUACUGCUGUGAA